AUGACCAAUUACGCCUAUUUAGAAGAUAACCUCAGUGCCGGCCAUGCCUUUGAGAAGCCAUCUACUAGCAUCCUAGACAAAUCCUCAAGGACUGGAUCAUCUGAAAGCUCAACGAGGCAAAGUGAUCAAUCUUUGAGUGAAGCAGCGCCAUUGAUGAACUAUCAGAGCUACGAUACGUUUGGACACCCACAGCCCGCCUUGUUGAAAGGACCACUCGACGAUGAUGAGCCCGCCAAACCUCGGAUGAUUCGAAUCAUCUCGCCCGAGCGACCGAGUUUCAUCCAUCGAUUAUGCUGCUGCGUGAUCGAUAGAGAUCGAACUGAAGAGAGGCUGAAGGAGGUUGACUUGGUGGCUUGGACAACCGUUCUGGUGAUCUCCGUUAUCAUUGCCAUUGUGGCGUAUUUCUUUCACGUCAAUACCACUGACUCGACUUCCCCGUCGUGGCAUUUUGAUUACAAUGUCUACAUAUCCAGGACGGGAAGUUUCCAGAGAUCCAGUAGAGUUGCUCUCAUUGCGCAAGUGGCAUCGAGCCGGCAGCUGGAGAACUUUUCAUUGAUUUCCAGCCGACCCAAUCGGGCCUACGCCAGAUUUUGGGGACAGGACUAUGUGCGGUACAAUGCUGGUCGAGGACAUGUGUACCAAAGGUCUUGUUUUGACAAGGUGCACGUUCUGAAUGAAGUAUUGGAUCAACAGCUCAUGGACGACGACGACGAAACUACGAUACAUCGAUGGUCCCGACGACCCUAUGAAGUCAAAUACGAUUCUCUCGUUAUCAUACCACCCGACUCGAUCAUUAUGGAUUUGGAUACAGAUAUCAUUGAGUCGAUAUUACCAAGUGACAAACUGGUGGCGAUUGCGGGAUGGGAUGACAAUCCCAUGAUUGAUUCCCACUCUGGUAUUGUUGUAUUCAAUCUGAAUCACAAAUAUGCCAGCGCCGUUGCCAAGCUCUGGCGAGAAUUCAUUCUCCCCAUCCAUGAAACUUGUGGCGCCAACAAUGAUUUGGAAAUUCUCAUCACUGCCAUUUAUUCCGUCAUGGACAGUAGUACUGAAGAUAUUGAAGACUUGAUUCAAUCAGUAAAAGAAACUCGAAAUGGCUAUACCGCAGAUCAAUUGAUCAAGUCACUUGAGCCAUCGGUGCCAGGAUAUCGGGCGAAAUAUUUAGAAAAGACAUGGAUGGAAUCCAUCGGCACUCUUCAACAGACUGUUGCUUCUGUUUGUUAUAGGUUCUAUCCAAAGUGUGAGGUGCUGUGA